AUCAUGGACGGCGGGUGGGAGCUGGGGGCCGCAGCGGGUAGCUCGCUGCUGCUGUGUGCCGCUCUGCUGGCCGCCGGCUGCGCGCUGGGCCUGCUCCUGGGCCGUGGACAGGGGGCGGCGGACCGCUGGGUGCUCUCCUGGCUCUGCUACGACGCCUUGGUACACUUCGCACUGGAAGGCCCUUUUGUCUACUUGUCUUUCACAGGAAACAUUGCUGACUCUGAUGGCUUGAUUGCUUCAUUGUGGAAAGAAUAUGGCAAAGCUGAUGCAAGAUGGCUUAAUUUUGACCCAACCAUCGUGUCUUUGGAAAUUCUGACUGUUAUCCUGGAUGGGUCUCUCGCAUUGGUCCUUAUUUAUGCCAUAGUCAAAGAGAAGUAUUAUCGGCAUUUCAUACAGAUUACUCUAUGUGUGUGUGAAUUGUAUGGUGGGUGGAUGACCUUCUCUCCAGACUGGCUUAUGGGAAGCCCCAACCUCAACAACAGCAAUUGGCUCUACUUUUGGGUCUAUCUGGUAUUUUUCAAUAGUGUGUGGGUUCUGAUCCCAGGACUCUUACUGUGGCAGUCAUGGAUGGAAUUCAAGAAAACGUAUCACAAAAAAACCAACUUAGAGAAAAAGUUCCAGUGAAUUUUUAAAAAUCAUAAAUAUUAUCAUCUUGCUUUAUGAGCCAAAAUAUAUCAAACCUUUUUGUUUGGUCAAAAUUAAAUGCAUGCCUGUCUACAUUUUCUUUUGUAUGUUA